AUGUCUAAAACCCUUCUCUCUCGCAUCAAACCCCUUACCAAUAAUCCUCCUCAAUCUAAUUCCCUCCGAUCUCAUUUUCCGAUUACUCCCGGAAUCAGGAAACAAGUUACCGACACCGUUAACCUUCUCAGAACCCAGCAAAACUGGUCUAAAUUUCUCGACGAUGGUGAAGUCCGCCUCGUCGAUAUUUCUCCUUUCGUGUUCGAUCGAAUCCAGGAUGUGGAAAUCGGGGUCAAGCUGUUUGAUUGGCUAUCGAAUCAGAGAAAAGAGGAGCUUUUUGCAAAUGGGUUUGCUUGUUCUUCGUUUCUGAAGCUCUUAGCGAGGCAUAGGAUCUUCGACGAGAUUGAAGAUGCAUUGGGAAAUCUCAGAAAAGAAAAUGUGAAGGUUACACAUGAAGCAUUGAGCCACGUUCUUCACGCGUAUGCUGAAUCAGGGGUAGUGAAUAAAGCCGUGGAGGUUUAUAAUUACGUAGUCGAGUCUUACGGUUCUGUGCCUGAUGUUAUCGCUUGCAACUCGUUGUUGAGUUUGUUUGUGAAAAGUAGGAGACUUGGAGAUGCACGGAAGGUGUAUGACGAAAUGUGUGAGAGAGGUGGUUGUGUUGAUAAUUACAGUACUUGUAUACUGCUCAAGGGGAUGUGUAGUGAAGGGAAGGUUGAAGAAGGUAGAAAGCUGAUUGAAGACCGAUGGGGGAAAGGUUGUGUUCCGAACAUUGUGUUUUACAACACAAUCAUUGGUGGAUACUGUAAGCUCGGCGACAUUGAAAAUGCCGUUUUAGUUUUCAAGGAGCUGAAAUCGAAGGGGUUUAUGCCAACUUUGGAAACUUUUGGUACAAUGAUAAACGGAUUCUGCAAGAAUGGGGAUUUCGUGGCGAGUGAUCGACUUUUGAGGGAAGUGAAAGAAAGGGGUUUAAUAGUCAGUGUUUGGUUCCUGAACAACAUCAUGGAUGCUAAGUAUAGGCACGGGUCUAAGGUUGAACCAGCUGAGAGUAUACGAUGGAUAGUAGCUAAUGGUUGCAAGCCUGAUAUAGCAACAUAUAACAUAUUGAUCAAUCGUUUGUGUAAAGAAGGGAAAAGGGAAGAUGCUGUUGGGCUUAUGGAUGAAGCAUCAAAGAAAGGGUUGAUUCCGAACAAUAAAAGCUAUGCCCCUUUAAUACAAGCCUAUUGCAAAAGCAGAGAGUAUGAUGUUGCUUCGAAGUUGCUUCUACAGAUGGCUGAGAGUGGAUGCAAACCAGAUAUUGUUACAUAUGGAAUUAUAGUCAAUGGUCUUGUUGUUUCAGGCCAUAUGGAUGAUGCAGUUAAGAUGAAGGACAAAAUGGUAGAUAGAGGCGUUUCACCGGAUGCCGGCAUCUACAAUAUGUUGAUGAGUGGAUUGUGCAAGAGCGGUAGGUUUUUACCUGCCAAACUCCUCUUCUUGGAGAUGAUAGACCGGAAUAUUCCACCAGAUGCUUAUGUGUAUGCCACGCUCAUAGAUGGGUUCAUCAGAAGUGGUGAUUUUGAUGAGGCAAGGAAAGUUUCCUCUCUCUCAAUUGAAAAGGGUGUGAAGGUUGAUCUCGUGCACCACAACGCGUUGAUAAAGGGGUUUUGCAGAUCUGGAAUGUUGACUGAGGCGUUGGCAUGCAUAGAGAGGAUGACUAAAGAACAUCUUGUACCCGAUGAGUUCACUUAUUCCACAGUCAUUGACGGAUAUGUAAAGCAACAGGAUAUGGCUACUGCCUUAAAGAUUUUUCGAGACAUGGGCAAGAGUAAAUGCAAGCCAAACGUGGUAACCUACUCAUCCCUUAUUAAUGGCUUCUGCUGCCAAGGGGAUUUCAAAAUGGCCGAAGGGACUUUCAAAGAGAUGCAAUCAUGUGGCCUUGUGCCUAACGUUGUCACCUACACAACACUCAUAAGAAGUUUUGCUAAAGAUGGUAGUACCCUUGGGAAAUCAGUUUAUUAUUGGGAGCUAAUGUUGAGAAACAAAUGUGUCCCUAAUGAGGUUACCUUUAAUUGUCUACUUGAGGGAUUUGUGAAGAAAACAUCUGGAGAAGUUCUUGCUGAACCAAAUGGGCUUAAUGAGGGACAGAGCUCUCUGUUUUUUGAGUUUUUCUACAAAAUGAAAUCAGAUGGGUGGUCGGACCAUGCUGCUGCUUACAAUUCUGUCUUCGUUUCUCUCUGUGUACAUGGAAUGGUGGAGACUGCUUGCAGGUUUCAAGACAGGAUGGUGAAGAGAGGGUUCUCUCCUGAUCCUGUUUCAUUUGCUGCUAUUUUACAUGGUUUUUGUGUGGUUGGGAACUCAAAGCAGUGGAGCAGCAUGAACUUUUGUCAUCUGGAUGAAAAGGGGCUUGAAGUAGCUGUUAGGUAUUCGCGUGUUUUAAAGCGACACUUGCCUCAAGCUGUGAUCUCUGAGGCUUCAGCUAUUUUGCAUGCAAUGGUUGAGAAUGCAGACACCAAAGAACCUGAUAACUGUAGAAUUUCAGUAAGAUAG